AUGCCGCAUAACAAACACCCCGGCGUCCCGCGCGAGCAGCAGUCCCAGCGAUGCGCGCUCGGGAGGAUGCGAGGCGGGAUCGCGGACACCCAGGGCGAGGCGCCGCCCCUCGCCGCCCGCGCGGCCCGCCCAUUGGCCAAGAAGCUCACCGCCCGCGUCUCCGCACUUGGGCGCGGGGCGGAGCCGGGGCGGAGCGCCUCCGCGGGGGCGGGCACGGCGCCCCUGGAGGGCGGUGGCCGCCGGGCGCGGGGAGCCCGCCAGCCCCUCCGCCCGGCACCCCUCCCGCCCGGGGGCUCCUGCCCGGACCGCGGCCGCCGCCUCGUUUUCCCCGAGGGCUCCGCGUCCGUCCGUCUCCGCAUCUCGGCGGGAACGUGGGAAGGUGGGAGCCCGGCCCAAGAAGAACGCUCCUGGGCCCGAACCUGCAGCCGUACCGCAGCCCGGCAUCGGGACGCGCCGCUCUCCAGCGUCGGAGGCCCCAGCCCGGUCUGCGGCCGCGGGGAGGCUCCGCGCUCCCUCGCCCGGGGAGGAGGCGAGGGCCUUGGCGCCGGAGGAAGGUCGCGGCGCCGGGACUGGAAGCUGCUCGCGCUCCCGGCAGGGUUGGCUCGGCGGGUUGCAUCGCCAGGGAGGGAGGGACGCAGCGUGGGGCGACCGGCCGGGCGGGAGUGGCUUCUGGGGGUCCCCCGCCAGCGGUGGGCCCCCCAGGCCGCCCUCGGAGCGCCGCCAGGUACGUGUGUUUUCCUUGUUUCCCGCGCGCCCGGGGCGCACUCGGCUCAGGGAACAAAUAAAAACCCGGCUGGUGUGUCCGAGCCUUUUCCUGCCAACGCGUCUGCCUGCGGGGCUCCGGGAGGGCCGCUGGGCGGGGGAGACAGCGCCCGGUGCGCCCGCAGUCCCGGCGGGAGGUCGGGGCUGGGCGCGGGAGGAGGGCGCCCGUGGAAAAGGUCGUCCCUUCCCCCAGGGGACUUGUGGGUGGCGGCCACUACGAUGAUUUUCCAUUUUGGAUUUAAAAACGCGCACGGAGAAUGCCAGCCCCGCUCCUGUCUCACGCCCGGAGGACCCCUUUCGAGCGGCGAGCAUGGAACCGGCCGCCCUCCGCCUCCGCCUCCGCCUGCGCUGCGGGGCGCACCCCGGCCUGGCCAGCGCCUCCACGGCCCCCUUCGCGGCAAUUUCGGGGAAAGAAAGUUUCCCUUCUCCCGCCGCCCAAGGGCGUGGACGGAAGGCUUGCCCGCGGCGCGCCGGGUUCCGUGCGGACUAUGCGGGGCUAAACCCACUGGGGGUUGCCGCCGCUCUCCGAGCCCAGCUGUGGGGUGCCGAGCUGGAGAGCGAGUGUGGAAAGGGCCUCACCCCGGCCUGGGGCGCCGAGGGCCCCCCGCCGCACUGGGGGAACCCCCACCGAUCCCCCCGCGUCUGCCUGGCGGCCCCAUCCCCCACCCUCCUCCCUUUGUUCCUCUCUCCAGACUCGGAGUUGAAAGUGGCAGGAAAAAAAUAAUUAGAUGGAAAUCAAAGAUAAAACGGGGUGCGCUGGCCGCCUAGGCCAGGCCUGGCCGCCACUCCACCGGCGCCUCGUAAAUCUUCGGGGCCUGACAAAGGCCAUGGCCCCAAGGUACCGGGGAAUUUCGGAGCUACUGGGUGACCUCGCUGUCUCCCCAGCACCCCUCUUCGGAGCGAGGGCAGAGUGUUCUUGGGGUACCCCCUCACUUCUGGCCAGCGCACGAUGCCCCAGGUCCAAGCCUGGAAUCGGUUAACUCUCAGAAGUAGAUAUUGUCGUGGGGUGUGUGGGGGGAUCUGGACAGUGAGUGAGGGGGGCCCAAGACCCCUGUCGGAGGAAGGGAAGCCCGCCACCCCCUUGUGAACCAAAUAAAUACCAGGGUGCGGUAUUUCCCGUGUCAGGCUGCCUCAGGAGGGAGUGAUGGGAGGGCCCAGGAGGGAGGGGGGGCGCGGGUGAACCCCUACGCGGGCGACUCCUUUGUCUGGCCCAGCCAACGCGCCUGGGCCUGGGAACCGGGCCCUGAGGCCGGAGGAGACCCCGCGCUUCCAGGCACCGUUCCCCGCCCCGGUGCGCAGGCCGCGGGUCGGGACCUCGGACCGGAUGGGGCUGAGCCCCGCUGCCCCGUGCUCCGGACCGGAGGCGCGCGCGCUGGGAACACCGGCGCCCACGUGCCAUGUCCCCGGGAGCUGCGCCCAGCCCCCCGCAGCGGGGGGGACAGACGGAAGGGGAAGGAAGUCCUGCCCGUGUGGGUUUCAAAAACUCGAAUUAAUGGAGAAAAUAGUAACCGCGCCCUUGAACACAGAAGAGGUGGAGGGGGGGCUUUUUAAUUAAAGCCCCUGGUCGUGGCGGCGUCUGGCCUCCGACGAGGGAAGCGGACGGGGCCACAUGGAACUUCUGUUGGCGGGAGCGCGGGAGAGGGUCGCCGGCUCCGGGAAGUAACCUGAUCGCCUCCAAGUAGCAGCUCCGAAGGGGAGGCUGGCGGCCCAGGUAUAGUUUCUUUAUAACCCGAAUUUACAAUGAAAGCAUUCUCCUUUAUGGAUAUAAUAGAUUAGAUUUCACAACUUAAUUCACCGGAAUGGCUCCGUUUAAGGGCGCUCCGGCUGAUUUUAUUACGCCAAGCCAAAUUGGAUGUUUGUGGUCUUAACGAAAAGCGAUUGUGACAUAAAAUAUAUAAUUUUUAAAGUAAAAAACAGCGGGUUCGACCCCCACCCUCCUCUCUCCAUCCCUCCUCCACACCCCGGUUGCUCAGUUUGGGGAAAGACCGAGAAUUAUUUGUUGAUUUCUGUUGGAGAGACAGGAACUCACGCCCAGGAGGGGGGGCGGCCAGGGGAGCGGCCAGGGGCUGGGCACCUGGAGCGGCGGCCCCCCCACCUCCCGGGGUCUGCCCUUCAUCGCCAGGUACCCACCCUCCCCAAGCCGCGCAGACCGCCUGCAUGCGGGCCUUUUACCCCCGAAGGCUUGGGGCCGCUCCCUGCUCCCCCAGAUCCUCCCAAUGUCCAAGUUCCUCCCAGCACGGGCACCCAGAGGGGCUGGCGGCUCCCUGCCCGCGGCGCCCGUCAGCCUCCCCUGGCAGCGCGCGGCUGGAGAAGGGCGCAGCCAAGGCCCCUGGCCCACCGCGUGGCACCGGCAUCGGAAGGGCUGACCGCAGCGCCGCUCGGACGAGGGCUCGCCAGGGCGCAGGCGCUCCCUCCAGCGCCGCUGUCUCCUCCACCGCUGCCCGGGGGAGUGGGCGUGGGGGCGCAGAACUUUCCAGACCCGGCCUCUGAGCAGCCCCUGCGCCUCCCUCCCGGCGAGAGAGGCCGGCCCUACCCUCGGAGGAUGGAGGCCUUGAUGGCCCAACGCUGACCUCGUGCUGCUGCCCGGGCCCAUUCUGUCACUUCUCAUUAGGGCGCCUCCUUUCUCCAGGCGGCGGGGCGUCCUCCCGCUCCCCCCAAUUACUAGGUGGUUUGCUGAAGCCGGAUUUCGCCCCACCCCCUCCCAGAGGACCCUGGGGCCGAAGGCAACCCCUCGCUUGGUCCACCCCUUCCCCGUCGGUUGGGACGAGGUGGCGGGGCAGGGCUUGGCGGAGACGCGGGAGCCGGGGUGAGGGGACUGACCCCGGGCGCUCCACGUGGCGCCCGCCGGCCGCGCACCCCCGAGCGGGCGCUGGGAGAAGGCGCGCGUGCCGGUGCGUGGCCGCGGGCUGCGGGUUGGGCCCUAAAUUAAAU